AACUAUUUUAAAAUUAUUUUUCACGAAACGUUUCUCGUCUUUUAUUAUGCCUAAUCUACUAUAGCCCUCUUGUGUCGGCGAGUUGUUUCUGUACGAAAUUAUUUACGUGUGACACAGCGAGAAAACGCAACAUUCAAAGUAACCUUCUCCUUUCUGCUGGCAGCUCCAAGGGCUUAUUAGGUUCCCUGUUGCUGGUUUAUUGAUGUGAAGCUCUGUGUGACGCUAUGUGUUAGUAUAUUUGUCUCGGUCGUGCUUAUUGGUAGAAAUGCGAGAUACCUUCACAAGGAACUGAGCACUUCAAGUUUUCAGGUGUGGUUAUCCUGAGCUACCCCACCAUGUUGCCUUCAAGAGCUGUAGUUGUGCGGAAGCUGCCACAGCUCCCACACCGGCUUUGGUGCACUUCAGCUUUUGGAAGCGGCGCCUGCUCCAGGCUGGUUUUAGGCAUCGAGACGAGCUGUGAUGACACGGGAGCUGCUGUGCUGGAUGAGACAGGUGCCAUCCUGGGGGAAUCUCUGCACUCCCAAAAGGAGGUGCAUCUGAGGAGCGGCGGCAUCAUCCCGACAGUGGCACAGCAGCUCCACAAAGAGCACAUAGCCCGGGUGGUGCAGGAGGCUAUGGACAGGAGCGGCGUGAGCCCCCGUCAGCUGUCGGCCGUGGCCACCACAGUGAAGCCGGGCCUGGCUCUGAGCUUGGGCAUCGGUCUGAAGUUCAGUUUGGAGUUUGUGAGACACCACAACAAGCCCUUCAUCCCCAUCCAUCACAUGGAAGCCCACGCCUUGACCGUCAGGAUGCUGCAGCCGGUCGCCUUCCCCUUCCUGGUCCUGCUCAUCUCUGGUGGUCACUCACUUCUGGCCGUGGCCCGAGGGGUCAGCGAUUUCCUGCUGCUGGGUCAAACCCUGGAUGAAGCUCCAGGGGACACAUUGGAUAAAGUGGCCAGACGUUUGUCCCUCCUGAAACACCCUCACUGCUCCACGUUGAGCGGUGGACAAGCCAUAGAGCAUCUGGCAAAAGAGGGCGAUCGGAGCAAGUUCCCUUUCAGGACGCCCAUGGGGCAAAAUUAUGACUGUGACUUCUCUUUUGCCGGCCUGCGGAAUCAGGUUACCAUGACAAUAAUGAAAAAAGAGACCGAGGAAGGUAUAGAGCAAGGGAGCCUGCUGUCCUGUGUGAAUGACAUCGCAGCUGCCACACAGCACGCGGUGGCCGCUCACCUUGCAAAGCGCACACAUCGAGCCAUCUUGUUCUGCAAAGCAAAAGGCCUUCUACCUGCAUGCAGUCCCACCUUGGUGGUGUCUGGUGGAGUUGCCAGUAAUCAGUACAUCCGAAAGGCACUGGCGAUCAUCACGGAGGCGACUGGUGUAAAUCUGCUUUGUCCUCCAGCCAAGUUCUGUACUGACAAUGGAGUGAUGAUUGCAUGGAAUGGUGUUGAGCGACUGAGAGAAGGGACGGGGAUACUGCCUCAUAACGUGGACGUAAGCUAUGAACCAAAGGCUCCCUUGGGUGUUGACAUCACAGCAGAGGUGAAGGCGGCAGCGAUCAAGGUGCCAUCGGUCAGGCUGAAGAUAACCAGCUAACACACGACUGUUUUUGCAAAAAAAGUUUUGUUGGUGAUGGUUUCUCCCAUUUGAGUGUAUGCAUAUUUGUGAACUACUGUACAUUUUGCAGAUAUUUAUUAUUAUUAUUAAAUCUUUUUCAUACAUCCUG